AAGUCUCGAAUUGCCUCAUCUAUACUAACCAGGUCUUGAAUUUAGAACCCGGAGAUCCCCAACUCUGAAUACUACAUAUCUAUCUAUACUAACGAAGCCUUAUCUCCACAACAAACGCAACUCCGAAUCUCGGACUAAACUUUCCAUUGAAGCUGUGAAACGGUCAAUGAACGACUGUAAUCACGAUGAAUUCGAUGAAGAAGACCGUGGCCCUUUGAGCGAUCUAGAUUUCGAUUCCGAUGAGGAAUCUACGGCGCUCGAACCCGGGCUUGGCGUCCGAGAUGAGAGCGGCCAAGACACCACGCCGUUGGUGGCAUCUCGUGCCGGUGCCUUGAAUAUCGAUACUAACUCCGGUAUUUCCGAUUUCCAAAAACGUAGCCGGAGGCCAAGCGAUGCUUCCAAGAAAGUGGUGGCUUGGGGUGACUUGCCUAAGAAAAAGCAACUCGUCGUCAUCACGCUAGCCCGGCUCAGCGAGCCAUUGGUUCAGACCUCUCUGCAGUCGUAUAUGUUUUACCAGUUGCAAUGGUUUGAUCCGAGUCUACCGGACUCGGUCAUUUCGAGCCAGGCGGGUAUUCUGCAUGCUAGCUUCACCGCAGCUCAGUUCUUCACGGCGAUGGUGUGGGGCCGUGUCGCCGAUUCUACGUGGGCAGGCCGUAAGACGGUUGUCUUGAUAGGAUUACUAGGAACUCUCAUAUCAUGUAUUGGAUAUUCAUUCUCGACGUCCUUUUACCAAGCCUUGUUCUUCAGAUGUUUAGGUGGUGCGACUAAUGGCAAUGUUGGGGUGAUGAGGACGAUGAUUAGCGAGAUUGUCCGUGAGAAGAAAUAUCAGUCACGAGCAUUUUUGAUUUUACCCAUGACCUUUAAUAUUGGCGUCAUCGUUGGGCCAGUUCUUGGAGGCCUAUUAUCCGACCCAGCGGGUUCAUACCCUGAUACGUUUGGCAAAGUAGAGUUUCUCCUGAAAUUCCCCUAUGCUACGCCGAAUCUCGUCAGCGCAGGAUUUUUGGCUAUCGCCUUGAUCAUGUGCUGGCUAUUCUUGGAAGAGACACAUGAUUCUCUCCAAGAUAGACGAGAUAUCGGACUUGUCCUAGGGAAUAAGCUAACCGGGUUAUUCACGAGACGCAAAACAUCCAUUGCGUAUACCCCAUUACACUCACGAAAUACUAGUAUAAGCAUAGAUCUUGAAAUGUCACCCGUCUCACCCCGUGGUUCUGAUGAAGACGAACGUGGGACCUCUAAGAGACCAACUGCCAAACGUCGGUACACAGCCCGACUCCCCUUCCGCCGCAUCUUCACCACAAACGUAAUAUUUACACUUACAGCACACUUCUUCUUAGCCUUCCACGUCGGUACCUUCAACUCCCUCUGGUUCGUCUUCCUCUCAACUCCCGUAUUCAACCCCUCAAACCCCGAUCCCCCGGGCUUCUCCCCCAAACCCCCCUUCCGAUUCACAGGCGGCCUCGGGCUACCCCCUCGCUCCGUAGGCAUGGCCAUGGCAAUCCUCGGCGUCAUCGGCAUAUCCAUGCAGCUAUUCCUCUACCCGCGUCUUUCCUCACGCUUCGGUACAUUGCGCUCUUACCGCGCUUGCCUCUACCUAUUCCCCAUCUCAUACACCCUCAUCCCAUUCCUAUCCGUCGUCCCCUCGACCACCGCGCCCCCCAGCCAGAAAACCGGGGCCGCGAUCUGGCUCGCUAUCGCGGGGGUCCUGUUCAUCCAAGUCACGGGCCGCACGUUCGCGCUUCCUGGCCAGACGAUCCUUGUUAAUAACUGUACUCCCCAUCCGAGUGUGCUGGGCACCGUGCAUGGGUUGGGGCAGAGCGCGAGUAGCUUCGCGCGGACGAUUGGCCCGAUACUAUGUGGCUGGUUAUACGGAGUUGGGCUGAGCAAGGGGAUGAUAGGGGGGGUGUAUUGGGGGCUUGCGGGGAUUGCGGUUGGGGGGUUGGCGGUUAGUGUUUUUUUGAGGGAGGGAGAUGGGCAUGAGAUUUGGCUUGAGGGGGAUGAUGAGGAUGGGGAUGGCGGUGGGGGUGGGGGGAGAUGAUGAGGUGGCGUUUGUGGCGGUUUUGGAUAUAUGCGUGGACAGGGUUUAGAGGAAGAUGAGGCAUGAUACAUGAUACACAGCAGGACGGGAUUGCAUAGACUUGAUAGCAUACAGGGGUGUGAAUCGGAUUGAAUAAUGUAUUUUGUUCUAGACAUUUUGGUGAUAGCUGAGAAUUAUCCUGCAUGCUGGCCUGCCGCUCUGCGGAUACCCC